CGCAAAACGGUAGCGCAUCGGCGGUGGUGGCGCACGAUUCCCAAAGUGUGGUCAAAUCGAAGUUUAAACAAAAUGUUUAGUCCAAAAUUAGAACUCGUGGUUGUGCUAGCUGUGGAGAGCUUGGAAACGAACUCAAUUUUGUGUAGUAGGCAAAAGUGUUGAAAAGUGCCAUUACUGAAAGAAAAUAAACUGUGGAAGAAGCAACUGGAAAAAAAACUGCUAAAGUAAAAUUUCAAAUUUGAAGUUCUCAACUCAGUCUCGAUGUACAAUUCAAUAUUAGCUGGAAAAAUGGGACUAAGACUUCUUAUACUGGCUAUUGUUGGACUUGGAUCGCUGUACGUUUUGCAUCUGCUUGCGCAAGACUUUAUGAAACUGUCGAAACCCCUCUUCAUGGCGUCUGGGAAACGUGACACAUCUUUAUUCAAUCGAACCAGUGAACUUAUAAACUUUGAACAGCACAUAGACUGGAACAGGAUAUUAAAGCACGACCCAUUCAAGUGCUCACAAUCCCUUAUUUGCCAAAUAGCAGCUGGAGCUGAAAUGAAAAAUUCCGCGGCAAAUGCAAUCUACGAAUUUGUACAGUACAGUGUAGAAAACAACAAGAACGUUCCCAGCCGGAUAAAGCAAUCUUUCGAGCGGGGGCUCAGUUUCAAUCAAUUUAACGAGACAGAUUACAGCAACUGCUUUGCACACUAUCCACUUUGCAUAUACUCGGCGAAAACUAUGCUCAAACUGCUGGAUCUGCACACCAAAUUAUUUCAACCAUGGACCUAGUGUUUAAAAGUAUAAAUUUAAGAUUAAUGUAUAGUACGAUAAGCGGAUAAGAUAGUUCUUAAUGUUCGGUUUAUCCUCACAAGAAAACUUGAUAUGCAUAAAUUUCUAAAAUCGGAAUGCUUUUUUACAUUUGCAACCGUUGUUACCUGACAUUUCCAAAUACAAAAUGAUAGAAAGUCAUAAAUCAAAAAUACUACUAAAAAAUACAACAAGAGUGUCAUGAAAUGUACAUAAUCAGAGAAACUUUGUAAGCCGACAGUACUGUUAAUCGAGUUUUUCAGUUGGAAGUUCAAUUGCCUGCUGCUAGGUUUAAGUUACAAAGCCGCUUUAACUAAUAAAUAAACAUUCAUAACUAGAAAAA